UUAAGCCCGGUUGCACGAAAGAUAACGGAUAGUUAACAAAGCUUUAAACAUUCAUCAAAAAUUUUGUUGAAAUCAAAACACCGUUAACGGUUGAUUAACGUUUCAUCAAAAAUUUGAUGAUUAUCAACGAUAAUGGUCCGUUAAUGGUCCAUCACCACUGUUUUCCGUUGCACAAACAAAAAUGUCACUGUUAACUAUUCAUUAACGACUCAUCAGCUUAAUGACUGAACCGCGGGCGAUUAAUCGGUGAUUAAAUCAUAUGUCAAAUUUUUUCUUGACGUUUUUAGGCGUUUUUAGUGAGUUGUUAUUAAAUAUCUAAAGGAUGAGACAGUAAUAAGGAUUAAAAAGUUGUAGAAAACAUUGAACUGACUUUAUUAUUUGAAAAAUGUUGUGGGACACAUCCUCAUCUUCAUCAAGCGAGAGUGAUUACGAAGAACCUGAAAGGCCUGUACGGAGAAUUCGUUUCAUCCGGGACCGUGAAAAUCCAUUUGAGAUGUUGGAUGAAUAUGACUUUAAAAAAAGGUUUCGCUUAAAUAAAGCUACUGUUACUUAUCUAGUACACACAAUUGGAGAUAGAGUCGCACCUAAGACGCAGCGGAACAAAUCCUUGAGUGCACAAACCCAAUUUUUAAUUGCCCUCCGAUUUUAUGCAACGGGUGGCUUUUUGGAACUCGUCGGCGAUUGGAUGCACGUCCACAAAUCCAGCAUCUGCAGAAUUAUCCAAAAAGUCACACGCGAAAUUGCUCGACUCUCUCAAGAARAUAUUAAMAUGCCGAGGACCGUUGAGGAGUUGGUAGCAACCAAAAGAAAUUUUUUUCAAAUUGCUGGUUUUCCUCGUGUUGUGGGUACUGUGGAUUGUACCCAUGUUGGCAUCCAAUCGCCUGGUGGUGCAAAUGCAGAACUGUACCGAAAUCGAAAAGGGUACUUUAGUAUUAACGUCCAGGCCGUUUGCGACGCCAAUUUGAAAUUAUUACACAUCGUUUCUCGAUGGCCGGGAUCGGUACACGACAGUACGAUUUUUAAUAAUUCGCCUCUUCCUGUCGACUUUCGAAUGGGGAGAUAUGGUAAUGGGUAUCUAUUMGGUGACGGUGGAUAUCCUUGCCAACAAUACCUCCUCACUCCAUUUCGUAAUCCAGCUAACGCAAGCCAAGAGGCUUAUAAUCGAGCUCAUAUCUCUACUAGGAACUGCAUAGAAAGAUUUUUUGGAGUUUUGAAACGUCGUUUUCCAUCAUUGAAAUAUGGGCUUCGAUUAAAAAUUAAUACUAUAGUUGAAGUAAUUGUUGCCUGUGGAGUUCUACACAACAUCUGCAAACAGCAAGAUGAUGAUAUAGAAGAAUAUUUUGAUGAGAUUAUAGAACAUGAUGAGGAGGAAAAUGUUAUUUAUCAAGAACAUAACAUAAAUAAUGUUAACUUUGCAGUAAGGAAUUCUCUGGUCGAAACUAUUUUCGCCAGAUAAAAAAACACAUAUUUAUUUUUGCAUUUUUUUAAUUUCUAAUUUAACUUUCUGUAUUUCAUAAUUUAAUAAAAUUUGUUU